GUCAUUCACAUAAGGAAAGUACGAGCAUUUAACUGGAGUGACACAUAAAAAAAUGUGCACAUUCUACGUCUAUGUGGUGACUUUGUGUCUAACUUAUGUUAGCUGCAGUACAACCAGUAGCUUGUAUGAACAAGGAUCAAAGUUCACCUUCCCUGAGACCUUUGCAGAAUGUACUGAUAUUAUAAUCAACGAAAACACUCCUAAGUAUGUAGUACAAGCCGUACAAAACCGUUGCUUGGAUAGAUUCAUUUCAAUUGACCAUACGCACAGUUGGGCAAAAAAUUUGACAAGCGACGAACAGAGCUAUAUCAAAUCUGUGUUCAGGAAAGUCAUAAACGAUGCUGCUCAGUUAAAUAAGCUCAGACACAAGAGGGACGUUGGAAUAUUCCCAAGGAGAUUGAGACGUGAAGUAAGAGCUGCACCAUACCAGCACUGGCAAAAUUAUGCAAGAAACGUUAGACGGCUUAAGUAUGAGACGAUAACCCAUAAUGGAAGAAGUAAAUAUGAUGUCCUUGCAGACAUUCAUGCCAUUGCAAUAAACAGCGCUCAUUUCGGACCAAACUUUCUACCAUGGCACCGAUUAUACUUGAUAUUAUUGGAAUCUGCACUUGGCACACCAAUUCCUUAUUGGGAUUCUGCCAUUGACUAUGAAAUGGAAAUACCUGUGCAAUCAAUUCUAUGGACCUCAAGAUAUUUUGGGAAUGGUUAUGGAAUGGUGACGACUGGUCCAUUUGCUAAUUUCGAAACACCUCUUGGAAGACUUUUUCGAAACAUUGGAAGUGAUGGUUCUUUGUUUAACAGACCCGGAAUAAACAUGCUAUUGUCAAAAUUGAGACUACAACAAAUUUCCGAACCAAUGGCAGAUGAAAAUGCUUCAGUCGAGGGACAACAUAACGGAGUACAUAACUGGGUUGAUGGUGUUAUGAAUAACUUGGAAUCGAGUCCCCAUGACCCAGUCUUUUUCUGUCAUCAUGCCUUUGUCGACUAUAUAUGGGAAUUGUUUAGAAAACAACAACUCACUCGUGGUAUCGAUCCAGCUACUGAUACUUUUGAACAACCAGCAAACGUAACUUUUCAAGCUAUAACCGAAGUAGCGGUCGGCCUGAGAGGAUAUUACAACAAUGAUGGUUAUUCAAAUAAAAUAGCAGACAUGGUGAAAUAUGAACCUCAUCCACAAUGUCCCAUAUGUGCAAGCAGUCAAGAUUUGUAUUGUGAUGGAAGAAAAAGGGUAUGUGUAAGUAGAAGACGAGAUCCAAGGGAGUAUGCUGGACAACCGGAAGAGGCUAUGGAUAUGGCUAUGAACAAUGGAAUGAUGAACAAUGGACAGAAUACCAAUCCAUUUCCAUUCUACGACAGAGACAUGCGUGUUCGUAUGGAUUCCGUUACCUUGAAUUAUAAUAACAUGAGGAUGACAGGAAGCAUGAACGGGAGAUCUAGAAUGAUGACAAUGAUGCGAAACAUGAAUAGAGAUGGGACAAACAGCAGAAUGGCUCUUCCACAAAUGAUUACAAAUGGGAACGGACAGUCAGAAUCUUCUGGCAGAAUGAACAUGCCAGCAAUGAUGAAUGUUGAUACAAAUGUCAGAAUGGAUCGUCCACAAAUAAUGACAAAUGGGGACCAAAACUAUGACGUUUCCAACAGAAUUAAUGGGCCAGAAAUAAUGCAUGUUGAUACAAAUGUCAUGGCUAACUCUUUCAUGCCAAUGAAUUUACACCAUGAACAUCGAAUUACUUCAAACAUCAGGACGAACCAACUGGUUAACCCUUUUAUCUCACAAAUUCAAAAUCACAGAAUGUCAUUGGGUCCUGGAGCAGUAACAGAUCUAGUUCCUGGGUUAACAGUUGAAGGCUCUGGCCCAAAUAUUAACUUCCAACAGCCAAUUGGAUUCAGAGGUCACGUUCCAGAAAUAAAGAUGCCGACCUAUUGAAAAUAGACACACAAUGUUAUUACAUGGGGUUUCUAUAACCGUAAAUAAUGCAACACAUGUGUUUUUAGUCAAAGAUCGUCUGCACCAAAAAAAAAAAAGGUUAUGGUUUUAUGUUUUGCAAAUUAAAGCACCAAUAGUUCGACCUAUGAAAUCAGAUAAUUUAACAAAAGGAAAAGAAACUAUUAUUUGUAUUGGAGAACAUGUAAUUGUCACAGUUUGAAAGUCGGUUUUGUUGAAUAUUUCUUUUCACUUAGAGGUAUUUGUGUGUAGACUUAAACUAACAAAGCUUUUCAGUCGUCCCAAUACAAAUCAAAUUUUUCCUUACUAUCGAUGCGUACAGACAUAGUUGUAUUUAUUACUUUCUUUACUUCCUAUUCUCAUCCUGUUGUUUAAUAAACGAAAAAAAAAUUGCAAUUUUUGAAAUAUUAUUGAAAGACAGUAAAGACAGGUGAUACAGUCGACUUCAUCGCGUCUCAUGACGGCCUCAACAAUUUUAUAAAUUGUACCCUUUGUUGACUGUUCUGAAAAAUGGUUUGGAACUCUUAUGUGUAUAUUUAAUCUAAUUAUUCUAUAUUUAUAAUCUAUUUGUUUUCCAUAGCAUUUUCCUAUGCAGUCUUGUAUUAGCUGUUAUGAAACACAUGUCUGAUUUAUUGGCACGGGGAAGUUGAUGCACACAUUUAUAAUUUGAAAAAAGGUAGUUUAAUGCAUAUGGGUUGUCAAAAUUGCACCAAAACCAAAGGGUUAUGAAUUUUGGAAAAUUAUGUUUUCUUUUUACUAAGGUUAUUAUUAGUGUAUCUAAAACGAAGAACCAUAAUUCAAAAAAAAAAAUAACAGAACAUCCGGUUUGACUUUUUUUAUGUUAUCUAGUGAAAUAGUCUGGAUAUGGUUCAUGUAUUGGAUGUGUCGCAUAGAUUUCAUAAGUAACAACACAGUUGCUAAUUUAUAUCAUCUUUUGGUAUAAUUCAUAUCUUAAUUUGCAAGUUGCUGUUUAAAAAAGAACAAACCCCAAUGCCUCAAAAUUAUAAAUGUUAGGCACUUCAAUUGAAUAUAUCCUUAUACAUUGUGAUUUUCGAUAUCUUUAGCAAACUCACAAAAGAGCACGGACUGAAAUCUAGUUGAAAUAUUUAAAUAAACUUGUUUAUGAAUACA